AUGGCUAUUAAAAUUGGUAUCAACGGUUUCGGUCGUAUCGGUCGUCUCGUAUUAAGAAUUGCCUUAACCAGAAAGGACAUCGAAGUUGUCGCUGUCAAUGAUCCAUUCAUUGCUCCAGACUACGCUUCUUACAUGUUCAAGUACGAUUCUACCCACGGUAAGUACAAGGGUGAAGUCACCUCUAAGGAUGACAACUUGGUUAUCGAUGGCCACGCUAUCAAGGUUUUCGGUGAACGUGACCCAGCCGCUAUCCCAUGGGGUAAGGCUGGUGUUGACUUCGUCAUUGAAUCCACCGGUGUCUUCACCACCUUAGAAGGUGCCCAAAAGCACAUUGACGGUGGUGCCAAGAAGGUUAUCAUCACUGCUCCAUCUUCAGACGCUCCAAUGUUUGUUGUCGGUGUUAACCACGAAAAGUACACCUCUGACUUGAACAUUGUCUCCAAUGCUUCUUGUACCACUAACUGUUUAGCUCCAUUAGCUAAGGUUAUCAACGAUACUUUCGGAAUUGAAGAAGGUUUAAUGACCACCGUCCACUCCAUCACUGCUACCCAAAAGACUGUUGAUGGUCCAUCCCACAAGGACUGGAGAGGUGGUAGAACCGCUUCCGGUAACAUCAUCCCAUCUUCCACCGGUGCUGCUAAGGCCGUCGGUAAGGUUAUCCCAGAAUUGAACGGUAAGCUUACUGGUAUGUCUCUUAGAGUCCCAACUGUCGAUGUUUCCGUUGUCGAUUUAACCGUCAGAUUAAAGAAACCAGCUACCUACGCUGAAAUCUCUGAAGCUGUUAAGGCUGCUGCCAACGGUCCAUUAAAGGGAAUCCUCGGUUACACUUCUGACGCUGUUGUCUCCACCGAUUUCUUACAAGACUCCCACUCUUCCAUCUUCGAUGAAAAGGCUGGUAUCUUACUUUCCCCAACUUUCGUCAAGUUGAUUUCUUGGUACGAUAACGAAUACGGUUACUCCACCAGAGUUGUUGACUUGUUAGAACACGUUGCUAACACCAAAUAA